AUGGGAGACAUGGCGAGUCAUGAGGAGUACCUGAAGCUUUCAGGCUCCUUCUUGAUUGAUUCCAUGCAGCAAGGGUCAACUGACAUGCUGCCAGCGGGAUUCGCUGAGAUCGUCAGUCAGAAGGACACUGUCCAGGUGUACUCUGGACAACUAGACGCUGCGGGUAUCGAGUCGUUGGGAAACCUUCGUCACGAUGCUCCGCAGAUCAAGCCAGCUGCAUGCGAAGGGGACUUAUAUCGGUAUGUUGCCCAGUCACAUGCGGCGUUCGAGCAAGUUGUCUUCGAGAGAGCUUGCCAGAACAGUGCGACGCGCAGACAUUCGAAAGCAGGCGAGACUUGCAAAGACAACGGAGGCGGUGCUACUCCGCACGGCAACGCCCCCCAAGCGGAAGAGGUGUCUGAAACUAUGGUGGCUGCCCUAAAAAAUGGCCUCAUGGACUUCGAACACCUACAAGAAACAGCCGAUCGAACCCUGGCAUUUCAAAAAGCAGUAAAUGGGGAUGCUGGUGGGGCGCUGGAGAGGUUUGGGCGUUGCGUCGAGGUAUUCGAGCGGUACCCUGGCUUGUGCCGGUACAGGGUACUAUGGAUAUUCGACGGUGUUACCACGAGUCAAGCAGUGCGUGUUUUCUCCACCCCGCCCCUCUGCGCUAGCAACUGGGCCGGUUCACAAGGGACUCAAUGCACGGAAGAGAAUCUGCAGGCUGUUGAUUGCGAACACCGCAGCAGCAUCGUGUCGGCCAGUGUCACUCCCGACGAUGGUAUCGGUUCGAUCAUGGUUGCCUCUUGCAGCAACGCCGAGAAACCAAUGGCAUGUACCUGCUCGUGGGAAUCGCAACAAGGUUUUGCGCCACAAAUGAGCCCACCUGUCGAACCGAGGUUGUCUCCUUCGGCUCUCCACUUCGAAUCGGUCAAGGGAGACACAAGUGAUGACACUGACGUGUUCAGCGGUGUGGUCGAGGGAUGUGGUGGUGGUGGUGGUGUCAUUGCUGGCUCGGGGCCCCAAGUGCCCGAUAUGCCCGUGACAUCGCCUGGGUUGAGCGAGGUCGACGGGACCGCGCAAGGAGAUGAUGCUCUUACCGCGGCAGACUGGCUGGAUAUUGCUCAAGCCAUGAUGCAUGCAGGUGACGACAAGAGUCCAUCGCUUCGGUGUUGA